AUGCGUUGGCUCCAGGCGGCCUUGCUGCUUCCCGUGGCCGUCUCUGCAACCUUGAACUUGAAACAGUACAAACCAUCGCUGGACCAGCGUCAAUUCUCAAAUGCGAAGGCCGAUAAUCAACAAUAUGUCGUGAACAAGGCGCAAGGAGAACCAAAGUUCCUGACAAACAAGACUCGAAAAUUCGUUGUCGAUGGGACAAAGAUUCCCGAAGUCAACUUUGACGUUGGCGAGUCCUAUGCGGGAUUACUCAACAUUGACAAAAACAAUGACACGGCCGGGAAGCUGUACUUCUGGUUCUUCCCGUCCGAGAGCCAGGCCGCCGACAAGGAAAUCAUGAUCUGGUUAACUGGCGGCCCUGGGUGCUCUUCCACUGGAGAACUCCUCUCGGAAAACGGCCCGAUGCUCUGGCAGCCGGGGAUGUUCAGGCCCAUACGCAACAAAUGGAGCUGGCAUCGAAUCACAAACGUCGUCUGGGUAGACCAGCCCGUCGGCACGGGCUUCUCGCAGGGCACCCCCAACGCUAAGGACGAGUUCGACGUCGCCCGCCAGUUCCUCAGCUUCUGGCGCAACUUUGUCGACACCUUUGCCAUGCAGGGGUACAAGGUUUACGUGACGGGCUCCUCAUACAGCGGCAUGUAUUGCCCCUACAUCGCGAGUGCCAUGGUCGACAGCAACGACAAGGACUACUUCAACAUUGCUGGUAUGCAAAUCUUUGACGGGACGUACUCGGUCGAUAGUAUCGGCGAAGAGAUCCCCGCGGUCUCUUUCGUGGAUCGAUGGGAGCAUGUCUUUGCCUUCAACGACUCGUUCCGGCAGACGCUGAAAGAAGCAAAUGAGAAGUGUGGGUAUGCGGAUUACAUGCGCAAAUGGCUCGUCUAUCCACCUGCCGGCCUGCAACCAGCGAUCAUGCCGGGUAUGGAUGGGGACGGCAAUGUGAAGACAGAAUGCGAUACCUGGACCAUGAUUAUAAAAGCUGCGACGGAAAUCACUCCUUGCUUCAGCGUUUACUCCGUUACGAACCUCUGCCCGCUGAAGUAUGACCCUCUCGGGUUUAGCGAUGGCUCAAACUACAGGCCAAAGGGGGCUGGACCAGUUUACUUCAACCGCGAAGACGUCAAGAGAGCUAUCAACGCCCCCCUAGACAAGGAAUGGGUCUUCUGCACGGAGACGCCUGUGUUCUUCAACGCGACCGACAACUCCAUCGACGAGGGGCCUGGAAGUCAGCCAGUCUUGCCAAACGUUAUUGACAAGACGCGAAAUGUGAUUCUCGCUCACGGCACCAAGGACUUCGUGCUGAUUGACGACGGCACGCUGCUCACGAUUCAGAACUUGACCUGGGGAGGGCAAAUGGGUUUUCAAAAGAAGCCGAUCUCACCGCUUUAUGUGCCAUAUCACCUCAACGGCAACCCGGAGACGCUCGCCGGCGCUGGUGUAAUGGGCACGGUGCACUCAGAGAGAGGACUGACGUACCUCGCGGUUUCCACGGCAGGCCACUUUCUGGCGCAGGAUGCGCCGGCCGUGGCGUUCCGCAGCGUCGAAGUGCUGGUGGGGAGAAGAGAAGGGUUCGAGUCGACAAACACCUCUUUCACCAUUGAUCCGAACACAACCGCGUCUGUGGGCGAUGCUGGCAACGGCACUGUUUUGAUGUUUCCGGAAUCCAUGGAACCUGGGAGGGGCAUACUUUCGGGUGCUCAACCGGUGAAGAGCCGAGGGAUAGAGGUUUCUGCAGCGGGGGGUCAAGCGAUGUUUGCCAUGAUUCUGGCGGCCGCUGUAGCGGUAUACAUGGAGUUCUGA